AUGAAACCCUCCUCGUCGGCGACGGCGCACGAGCCGGGCUCCGACUACAUCGUCAACUUGAACGUGGGCGGCCGAAUAUUCGCGACCAGCUGCAACACGCUCAGCUGGAUUCCCGACACGUUCUUCACGAGUCUGCUCAGCGGACGGAUGGGCAGUGUGCGCGACGCGAGCGGAGCCAUCUUCAUUGACAGAGAUCCCGACGUCUUCAGGGUCAUUCUGAACUAUUUGAGGACGAAACAAGUUGACUUGGGGUAGGAUUUCAUUCGACAUGUUUCCUAGAAAGAACAGUUUUUCAGGGGAUUCAAAGUGGAAACUCUAAAGCACGAGGCGCUGUUCUUCGGACUGACUCCUCUGAUCCGUCGACUAACCCUCUGCGAAGAGCUGACCUCAACCUCAUGUGGCUCCGUCUACUUCUGCGGAAUGAUACCACCUCCCGACCUGCCCUCCGAUAGCCUUCCCAUUGAGAAAAGUCGCUCUCCGAUGUACUCCCAGGCGUCCGAAUCGUCUUCGAAUGACUUGAAAAGUAAGGGAAAUGCAUCGCCGAGGCAUCGUGGACACGCCAAGAAACAGUCGACCGACAUGAGCAGAUACAUCAGGAAUGAGCUGGCAGAACUGGCAAAGUCGAAGAGCCCGCCGGAUCGGGAGACGGAGCCGUUGAAAGUGAGAAUGAUUCGAGCGCACAUCUGUUCGAUCGUGGUCGCCUACUCCUACUUUGUCUGUGUUUAUCGGUAAGACAGUUCUAAAGAUACCAUGUUCGAGAACAAAGACAUUCCAGGGUGACCGAAUGGAACACCUUCAUUCUUCUCUGGAAAUCCCCUCGAACUCGGACGUUCGUCUCGCACAUCGCCGUAAACACAAAGAUUGCGGCGACCGUGGCCGAACGCCUCGUGGCCGUCUCUUUCCACGACGAAACCAUCGGACUGUGGCACAUUGACGACGAGGGAAAGGCGGAGAAGAAGGGAUUGUUCUCGAUGAACGUCUCGAUCGACAAUCUGUUCUUCGUCGGCACUCAAAUGGUCGCCCUCAGCAGAACAGGCAAAGUUGGCAUCUGGCACUCGGCGACGCAGAACUGGCAGGCUCAGGAUGUGCAGCCGAUCUCCUGCUAUGACACUGCCGGCUCUUCGCUCAUUUUGGGAUGCGCCAACGGAAGCAUGAAUCAUAUAGAUAUGCAAAAGUUUCCAUUGAGGUAAAAAAAGAAGUUUCAGGCCGUUUCAAACAGUUUUUUCUUCAGAAUGAAGGACAACGAUCUUCUGGUGACUGAACUGUUCAGGGAUCCGAACGGAGAGACCAUCACCUCGUUGUCCGUGUUUCUCACACCGAAAACCUGUAAGUUCUAUUUAGUUCCCAUCCGUUGCCGAUCAGGUGAAUGUUAAUUUCAGCCGCAUGUGGUAACUGGAUCGAGAUAGCAUACGGAACAUCCAACGGAGUAGUCAACCUGAUUCUUCAGCAUCCGGAAACAGCUGGACACCAGCCAGUCCUCUUCCAAAGCUACAAUAUCCAUAACUCUCCGGUCGUGCGGGUCUCCCUCAACACUGCCCACCUGAUCAGCGUUUGCUCCGAGUACAAUCACGUCCGUUCGUGGAAUGUGACCCGGUUCCGAGGAAUGAUAAACACGCAGCCGGGCACGGUCCCUCUUGCCUCAUUCAAAGUGCUCACUUUGGAUUCGACAGACGAGACGACUGACAAACAGUACAACCAUCCGGGACCGUACGGAGACCAAGACUCGGAGCAGGUGCUCGUUCAGAGAAUCAUUCCGAAUGCACAGAAACUGUUUGUUAGACUGGCUUCAACUGGAGAAAGGUAACAAGGAUCAUCAUUUGAAAUGUCGAGUAAACGAACAACUUCAGAAUCUGUACAGUGGAUUCAGUGGAAGACUCCCCGAUCACUGCGUUUUGCGUUCACGAACUCGACGGUCAGAAGUUGGGAAGUCGUCUGAGAAAGUAUCUCUUCUGCGGUAACGCGAACGGAAGUGUCCAAGUGUGGGAUCUGACUUCUGCACUGGACCAGUUCCACCUCAAGAACGGAUCUAACCCGCAACAGCAAGUGAACCCACCGGCCGCCGCCAAUCAGGCGGAUCUCAUUAAAGCACAAUUCGGGACACCGUCCACGAGGACAGUAAUCAGUUUGUCAAAUGUGAGAGUAGUCAUAGUUCAAUUUGAAUCAAACAGUAAAUUUUUAUUACAGUACUCCGGAGGCCCGUCGCCGCAAGAACUGCUCGAUGUGAUCGACGACAACGACAUUUGCUGCUCGACGCCUUCUCUAUCUCGCUGCCCCUCUGCCGUCCUUACCUAG